GUGGUACUGGCAGCGGGAGGCGGCAGGAUGGUGAAACUGACCGCAGAGUUGAUCCAACAGGCGGCUCAGUACACCAACGCCGUGCGGGACCGCGAGCUGGACCUCCGGGGGUAUAAAAUUCCUGUCAUUGAAAAUCUAGGUGCUACCUUAGACCAGUUUGAUGCUAUUGACUUUUCUGACAAUGAAAUCAGGAAACUGGAUGGUUUUCCUUUGUUAAGAAGACUGAAAACAUUGUUAGCAAACAACAAUAGAAUAUGCCGUAUAGGUGAGGGACUUGAUCACGCUCUAGCCUGUCUGACAGAACUCAUUCUCACCAACAGUAGUCUUGUGGAACUGGGUGAUUUGGACCCUUUGGCAUCUCUCAAAUCACUGACUUACCUAAGUAUUCUAAGAAAUCCUAUAACAAAUAAGAAGCAUUACAGACUGUAUGUAAUUUAUAAAUUUCCGCAAGUCAGAGUACUGGAUUUCCAGAAGGUGAAACUAAAAGAGCGUCAGGAAGCAGAGAAAAUGUUCAAGGACAAACGAGGUGCACAACUUGCAAAGGAUAUUGCCAGGAGAAGCAAAACUUUCAACCCAGGUGCUGGUUUGCCAACUGACAAGAAGAAAGGUGGGCCAUCUCCAGGAGAUGUAGAAGCAAUCAAGAAUGCUAUAGGGAAUGCGUCUACCCUGGCUGAAGUGGAGGGGCUGAAGGGCUUGCUGCAGUCUGGGCAGAUACCUGGCAGGGAAUGCAGAUCAGGUCCCACUGAUGAUGGAGAAGAGGAGAUGGGAGAAGACACAGUCACAAAUGGGUCCUGAACAAUGUAGCCUGAGUAUCUGCAGGAUGUAUACUAUCCCUCCUUGGGACAAGUCCUGCUUGUUGAACUUGGAAUAAUAGCUUUGUUUGGGUCAGCAAAGUGGAGUUCAUAAGCAUUGUUAAAAUGCUUAAGACUGCUG